AUGCGAGUUCUACUACUCUUGCUGCUGGUGAUCACAGUCAGCUGGGCGUUCGAUAAGAAUUUGCUGAAGAAGGGGAAGAAAAGCAAUGGAUACGAAAAGCAUCCAAUCUCUCGUCGAGUGCUACGAUUCGAACGUUCGGUACGAUCCGCUGAAUUCCCGCAACCCGGCGAACUCCCGUUCCCUAUGCUUGAUUUCGCAAAAAUUCUACCUGAAAUUCCCGUGAAAUACAAGCCGAGUCGUGUGAUGCCGGACACUGACUAUCAACCGGAAUUGGAGUUCUAA